AUGGCGCCACAUGCACAGGACAUCGUCGUCUCUGGCUCAGAGUCGACCAAUACCAACAAAUCCCAAGCAUACGUCCCGUCCCUCUACCACGAUGUUGAUGAGCAGGACCUGCAACAGUCUGCCAGAGAGUAUCUGGCCAACUACGGCAUCCCUCUUCACACUGAUAUCAUUACGGGCGCUAAAGACCUCUAUGUCUACAACUCGACCGGCCACCGGAUCCUGGACUGGACCUCAGGACAGAUGUCUUGCCUGAUUGGCCAUGGACAUCCCGAGAUUGUGUCGGUGAUUCACGACUACGCCAGCAACCUCGACCACCUCUUCAGUGCCAUGGUAUCGCCCCCAGUGAUCAACCUCGCUAAACGCCUCGCCUCCGUGCUCCCCAAACCCCUGUCCAAGACGGUCUUCCUCUCGACUGGUGGAGAGUCCAACGAGGCGGCGAUUAAGAUGGCCAAGAUCUAUACCGGAAAGUUUGAAAUCGUCGGGCUGGGGGCAUCGUGGCACGGCAUGACCGCGCAGGCACUGUCAUCGCAGUAUUUCUAUGGCCGCCGAGGUCAGGGUCCUCUGGUGCCCGGGUCUCAUCAGCUACCUGCCCCCAAUGCCUAUCGGUCGAUUUUCCGCCACCCGGACGGCAGCUAUGACUGGGAAACGGAGUUGAACUACGGCUGGGAGAUGGUCGACCGCGCUUCGUGUGGCUCUCUCGCUGCGUGUAUCGUCGAGAUCAUCCAGUCAACCGGCGGCAUGCACGUGUUACCACCGGGCUAUCUGACCGCUUUGAAGAAGCACUGCGAGAAGAGAGGGAUGCUGCUGAUCAUCGACGAGGCACAGACUGGAGUCGGCCGGACCGGCGAUCUCUUCGCCUUUAACCACGAAAACGUGGUCCCGGAUAUCCUGACCCUAAGUAAAACCCUAGGCAACGGCAUCCCCCUCAGCGCGGUGGUGACGUCUCCUGAGAUCGACCGGGUCUGCACCGAGCGCGGCUUCAUGUUCAUCACCACCCAUGUCAACGACCCCAUGCCAGCCGCGGUCGGCGACAAGGUGCUGGAAAUUGUGCAGCGCGACAACCUAGUAGAAAACUCACGGCUCAUGGGUCUCCAUCUUGAGGCGGGAUUGAAGAAGUUGCAGUCUCGCUACGGCUGCGUUGGCGAUGUACGCGGCCGCGGCCUCAUGAUGGGCAUGGAGAUUGUUGCCGACAGGGAUAGCAAGGCCCCUUCACCGGAGCUGGCGCAAAAGCUCGCCGACAAGAUAUACGAACUGGGCCUGUGGGCCAACCUUAGUAGCCAUCCUGUCUCUGGUGGCUCUUUCAGGAUCGCGCCGCCCAUUACAACCACACGAGCGCAAAUAGACGAGGGUAUUGAGAUCCUAGAGCGAGCGCUGGCGGCCACUAAAGGCUCACAGCCGCUAUACUGA